AUGACAUCUUGGAAAACGCUACACAAGUGGUGCACAAGUUACAGCGCCGAUUCCGUAGAGUGGUGUCCUGUGCAGCCCUACACGGACAUAUUUGUGUGUGGGACCUACCAACUCGAUAAAACCGAUGAAGAUGGGUCUACUAAAAAGCAGAAAAGACUGGGAAGAAUUUAUUUAUUCAAAGUCAGCGAUGAUAUGGAUGAGAUAUGUCCUAUACAAAGUAUAGAUACAGCAGGUAUUUUAGACCAAAAAUGGAGCUAUAAUUGCAUUGAUGGUCAUCCUGUUCUUGGUGCUGUGACAUCUGAGGGUAGUUUACAUCUAUACCGAUUGAUCAAUUUAAAAUUAGAACGUUGGCUCGAAGCUGUGAUUGGUGAAAAUGUUCUGGCGCUCUCACUUGAUUGGUCGACGAAUAAAUAUAAUGGAAAUACAAGUGUUAUUGUUAGCGAUUCGGCGGGAAAUGUAACAUUGUGGAAGGUGGAUGAUACUUUAGAAAAAGUUGGUGAGUGGCAAGCUCAUGGAUAUGAAGCUUGGAUUGCUGCAUUUAAUUAUUGGAAUUUGGAUGUGUUUUAUACAGGUGGCGAUGACUGCGUGUUGAAAUGUUUCGACCGUAAAUCUCCAGACGUAGUAAUGACAAACCGAAGCCACGAAGCUGGAGUUACAGCUAUUCGGAGCCACGUCGAUGUUGAACAUCAAUUACUAACGGGGAGCUACGACGAAAAAGUACGUCUUUGGGACGCUAGGCAGAUGAAACGCUGUCUAACAGAAACAAAUGUUGGCGGCGGUGUUUGGCGCCUUAAAUGGCAUCCAAAUCGAAAAAGCGUCAUUUUAGCGGCUUGCAUGUAUGGAGGUUUUAGGCUACUUCGAGCAGAAGACACAAUUGAAAUUCUCUAUGAAUAUUUAGAACACGAGAGUAUAGCCUACGGUGCGGAUUGGAAAUUCGAAAACAAAGAAUUGUCUAUGGUAGCCACGUGUUCUUUUUACGAUUGUAAUCUGCGUGUCGGAGAAAUUAAUAUUGACAAUACCAAAGUACUAUGA